AUUUGCGACAUAACAGAACGCCAUACGACUGUGUGUAAGCUGAGCGGUUAACUGUAGUCACAGGAAGGACAAAGAAAGGGAGACGUCUCUUCAGUGUCACGUCGCUUUUGUAAAUAUACCCAACAAAUGAACACAUUGUGACAGACCACCUCGUUUCUGACAUGGCCAACCCUUUAAAGGGUGAGGUCAUUAGGCUUUACAAAACACUGCUGUAUCUUGGCCGUGAGUACCCCCAGGGAGCAGCUUACUUCAGAGAGCGCCUCAAGUCGGCUUUCAUGAAGAAUAAAGACGUGACAGACCCUGAGAAGAUCAAAAAGCUGGUGGCCCGUGGCGACCAUGUCAUCAAGGAACUGGAGGCUCUUUAUUUUCUCAGGAAAUACAGAGCCAUGAAGAAGAGGUAUUAUGACCCAGAGCCGUAAUCACACACACACCGGCAGCUGAAUUGUCCUGCAGGCUGUGAGACAAGUACACAAAAUGUUCUAAUAUUUGUCAUAUUAUGCAACAGUGUGUUACUUUCACACCUCAGUUAAUGAGAUGCAGCUCACUUCACAUGCUGUUCACUCUGCAGAGAUGAGAAACUCCCAGCAGUUGCCCAUACAGUAUAUGAAAAACAGACUCAGCUUGCCUCACAAAGAAAAUUGAAGGAAGUGCCAGAAAAUGUCCACAAUGAAGCUGUUACAGAAUGUGCUUUGUAUUUAUGUUUUAAAAUCCCAAACACUGUACAUAGCGUAAGUUAAUAUCUCGUUCAGAACAGUUCCAAACUGUGAAAGCCAAGGUGUCAGACUGACUGAAUCAUUUUGUACAAUGUAUAUCCUAUUUCGGUGUGUAUAUAUUUAUAAAUACAUGGUCAAACUUCUUGAAGAGUGAAUGUACAUAACUAUGUAUCAGUGCACUAUUAGAUAGAUAACAAACAGAAUUUUAAAACAGUGAUGCCCUGUGUUAUAAUAAAUAUGAAAUCACAGCACUGUUCUUCAACAACUUAA